UUGAGGUUAACUAGUCAGUUGUAAUAUAAGUAUAAAUAAAAACCUGAUUAAACAAGUAACGGGAGGUGCUGAAAAUUGCAUAUAAAAUGAACGCACGGAUUUUACAACGAUUGAUUGUACCCGUUUAUGUAAAUUCAUUCAAAUAUUUCCCUAACCUAAAUGAAAGAGUUAUCACGGCAACCACUUACAAUUUUGCGGCAAUUCGGAAUUAUGCCAAAGGAAAAGAUAAAGGAAAGGAUAAGAAAGGUAAAGGAGGCAAAGUGGACAUCAACCCGCUUAUUAUGUCAGAAUUAGUUGCAGUGGACAAGCUUAAAGACAGAUGUAAAACAGCAAUUGAAAAUAUGAAAGAGGAUUUUACGAAAAACCUAUCACUUCGCUCUACGACCGGCUCCAUAGAAUCUCUGCACGUGAAGUUCGAUGGUAAAGAAUACGAGCUUCAGGAAUUGGCGCAAAUAGUGAGGAAAAAUCCUAAAACUAUUGUAAUAAACUUUGCUUCGUUUCCCCAAGCGAUCCCAGAUGCUCUAAAAGCCAUACAAUCCUCAGGUUUGAAUUUGAAUCCUCAGCAAGAUGGUACAACGUUGUUUGUGCCAGUGCCAAAGGUCACUAAAGAGCAUCGGGAACAGCUAGCUAAGAAUGCCAAAGCUCUGUUCAUAGAAUGUAGAGAUGCCAUCAAAGAUGUUCAAAAUGACUUUAUUAAGAAGGCCAAGAAGCAAACUGGAGUCUCUGAAGAUCUAGUUUUUAGUGUGACUAAACAAAUAACGGCCUUGUGUGAGACUUUUCAUGUUGAAGCUAAGGGCAUCUAUGAUGUCAAGGUAAAAGAAUUACUUGGUGAAAAGUGAA